AUGCCAAAUAAUGCUCAGUAUAAUUUAGUGAUAAACGAAAACAGUGAUUUUGAAUCAAAUAAUCACAGUGAUGAUUCACAUACAACAGAGAUGAAUGAAAGCAAUUUGAAGAAUCAGAAUGUGCCACAAAAAAUGCGUUUAUUGAAAAAUUCGGUAAAGAAACCGGAUGAUAUCAGGAAAAUUACCGAUAAGCUAGAAGAAUUCAAUAAAAAUAAUGAAAUAUCGAAUAGUCCAAUAAAAACUUCACGACCAAAAAUUGAGGAAACUGAAAUGCCAACAAAAGAGUAUGGUGUUGGUCGAUCAUCUGGUGGUACUUUGAAAAAAGGCGUUUUUCACUAA